GGAAGCUCGUGUGGGCAAGGAUCAUGCUGUCGAUCCCGAAGUUCAGAGAGUUUUUACUGAAUGUGUAAGUAUAAUACUGUGUCUUUAAUUAAAUCAAAUGUUUUUUAAUGUAAAUGAAUUACAGGAGACCUUGUCGCAAUCGGCAUCCACCGGUGAGGGGAGCGUACUUAGUAGAGCACUAGAUGCUCCUGAGUAUCCCGGUCGGGUGAGGGGUAAGGGUCAUGGUGUGACUCCAACCUCUUUUUACAAGAGUCCUAGGAGAAGAAAUCCUUCAAAUGAAGAAGUGUUGCAAAAGUUGGCGGAAUUGCAAGCAUAAGUCUCUGAAUUGCAAAGAGAUAAAGAGGCGUAUAUGAGAGAAAAGUGCAACACUUCAUCGGUGAAAGAAACUAGUGAUAAGGCUAGUAUCAACUAUCAAAGGAAAUUUCCCGAGGGCAUUUCAUCUUGCCAACUAUACUUAUCGGAACCGAGUUAUCGACUAGUUGGCAAGGGAAAAGUGCACAACACUUUGGGAGAUUUACUUCACCAUAGACCGCUCCCGGAUGGACACCUGAAAGUAUCGGUGGAUGUUGUAGUAGAUCAUGAUGCGAUGCUACCAGUACCUGACAUGGUCUCAGAGACGACAUUGCUGCGAGAUGCAAUAGGAUCAUUUGUUGCAUGGCCCUCGGAGCUCAUUACCAUUAGUGAUGAGACUGCUCCUAUAAAACCCACAGUUAAGGGUAAAGGGAUUUUACAAGAGGAGGAGUCCGUUGCAUCACUAAAAGAGGCAUCCGCUCGAGAGUCACAACAAGUGACGCAGCAAGUUCGUACCGUACCACCCACUGGUCCUCCGAAGCCAGCGGGAAAAAAAGGCGGUGCUUUUGUGCCUCGGUACCGGUCGACGCUCGCAACAAUGGUUGAUAUGUCCGAUUUGAAGGAUGGUGCUUUACGUGAAAUCGUUAUGGAUGAGAGUGUCUUCGGUAUUGAAUUCAAGUCACUUAUUACACUUGAUGACUUGGAGGAGAUUUUUAAGCAUGAUCAACUAGGCGUCAAUAACAUGCACUCAUACAUUCGGUUGUUGUAUGACAGAGUGUUGCGCGGGACUCCGUUGUCUAACAGAUUCCGUUUCGUGUCUUCCGCCCACUGCAGCGGAAUGGAAAUUGAUUCGGAACCGGAAUCAGUUAGACAGCGCUUAGUAGAUAGAUUCAUGUCCACCGGCAAUACAGAAUGUCUGCAUCUUUGGGCGUAUAAUACCCGACCAGUAGGAGCACACUGGUUGCUGCUUGCUAUCAACCCUAUAAAGGAAGUCGUGUAUUAUCUGAAUUCGGUAAAUGGUGAAUGGACCAAUUAUCCGGCCAUGAAGGACAUCGUUGAUUUAUCAAUACAAGUGUUCCGAAGUCAACGGGACGCACAGGUAUCCCGAACUAAAUCUAGCAACAUUACUUGGAUCCAAGUGCAGUGUCCGCAACAGAAAAACAGUUACGAUUGCGGAUACUUUGUAUUGAGGUUUAUGAAAGAAAUCCUUCAGGCAAAUCAAUUAGAGAUUCCGCUCACGUACCUUGACGAAUUCCGUGCCGCUGGAUACCCGAGAUUAAGUUGGAAGAAAUAAAAGAGGAUUUGUGUCAUUUUUAUAUUAAGCGCUUUUUCAUGUAGGAUUUGUGUCGAAUUGAAGUACUAUAAUAUUAUUGAUGUUGUAAUGAUGUAUAUAUAUAAUUUUGG